CUCCCUCCCCUCCUUCCCCUCCUUCGGAUUUUUCCUCCCGUCCCCAUGUGCUGAUGCGCGAGGAAGGAAAAGCCAAGCUCCGAAGCUCCGAAUCGGAAGCCUAAAUUUGUGAUUUUGGGAUGCAUGCCCGGAAAAACAGGUUGCAAUCUUUUUUUUGUCCUUCGGUAGCUGGAGGAGAUGUGCUGUUGCUCUGUUUCCUGGGGUUCCUCCUGGAUCAUUCCCAUCCUAUUUUGUUCGUUGAUUCGAAAAAAAAAAACAGUUUUUGUAUGGCCUAAAGCCCUAAACCCUUUCAGUCUUUCAGUCACCUAAUCGAUUGUUUCCCCCUGCAGAUCAGUUUGAGGCAGGUCCGGCGGUAGUGUAGACGGCAUCUUGGUUGAACCAUUUGUAAAGGCUACAUGACAGACAGCAGAGGAAGGGAUGUCACUAUUGAUGCUUUGACUUCAAUGCUUGAAUCCAGGAUAUACUACCACAGGGAUGCCGCUGUCGAGUACCUGGAUAUCAAGACUAUGGUUGAUAAAGUUGUAGAAGAAAAGAAUAAGCUCUUGAAUGAGAAUGCUGAAUUCCUGAAUACCAUUGAUAAGGUCGUAGAAGAAAAGGAGAAACUCCAGCAUGAUCAUGAAGUGAUUAAUGAGCUUGUGGCACCAAUGGCGGAGCAGCUUGAAAUGGUAAAGGAGCUUGAAGAAGAAAAAUAUGAGCAUGUGGCAGCAAAGGAGGAGCUUGCUGUGGCAAAAGAGCAACUUGCUCAGAAGAACAAAGAGCUGAAGGUUCUAAGGAGGAAGCUUCACGAGAGUGAAGCCAUGCACAGUCAACAUGAGCAACAGAAUGGAAGUACUUCUGAGCCUGCUUGGUCCAAAAUGGAGUCUCGCUGUGUAAGCAGGUAACAAGAUUAUCACAUAAACGGGCAGUCCUGCUCCAAGGUUCAUGGGACAAUGAUGCAGAUAGACAACGCUGUAAAAAAGAGGUCCUAUCCGCAGCUGCCAAAUAACCCGACCGCUGGCGAGCAUUCAGGCAGAGAUGAUGACCAGGAGGUGGUCAGACAAAAGCUGAUCAAGUAUCUUGGAGUAAAGGAAAUGGGGAAAUUAAGUGAGAAGCUAUUGCAGGAUGCUUGUGCUGUCAAGCUGGCUCCUAAAUAUGCUGUCACGAAAGCUUCUGAACUCUACACCCUGUGGCAGGAACUACUUGAUAGUCCGAACUGGAAUCCCUUCAAGUCUGUCAUAGUUGAUGACAAUUGUCAGGAGGAGGUCAUAGAUGUUGAUGAUGAUAAGCUGGAAGGGCUGAAGAUGGCAUGGGGAGAAGGCCCCUACAAUGCUGUCAUUGGUGCAUUGGUGGAGAGAAAAGAGUACAACACUGAUGGAACAGGUGAUGCCUUUGAUCUUUGGAACUAUAAGGAAGGGAGGAAGGCCACUCUUGGGGAGUGUGUUGACUGUAUCUUUGACAAAGUAAAGAAACUCAAGCGUUUCCAUCUGACAUACAGGUCGAGGAAAACAAUGUGUACUGCCACUGACAGCAUGACCCAGUGAUGGAUCUAUCGGCAGAAAGUACUGAAUGAAGUCAUCAGAUGCCCAACACCAGCAAGCAUGAAAGGAAGUCAUGUCAUGAUCUUAGCAGGCUAUCUAUCCUGUGUUGACCUUAAUCAUGCAUCUUUUUAUUUUGCGCAACCAUUUCAUGCGUCUGAUUAGAACCCUGGUGUAUCAAUAUGACGUUGCUUCAAUGUUACCUUGGUUUCAACUUCUGACAAGAACUCUGAUGCAUGAAUA